UAAUGGGCCGCGCCGCAAAUACGCAAUACGAGGAAACGUUAAUAACGGAUAAUACUGCACCGAAAAAAAGAGUCUCCUGGAAUACCUUCAAGAUAUUCUCUCAUAGCCGGAAUACAAAGACGCAACACCCAAAGUCGGCAGCUGCGUCCAGAUCAAGAAAAUCAUGGACACCACCCGCUCUCCACCCUUUAACAUUGUCCUUGGUGGUCUUGGUUUCGCUGACCCUCAUCAUAACUCUACAACUUUUUCUGGAUCGUUCGAACCGGAACCAAGGCGUCAUCUUUGCGCCAAGUAUCGGCGAACUGCCACUUUCGAAAACUUUUAUGUACCGGUACUUCCCUACAAUCGUAGCAGUUAUUUACAGCAUUUUUUGGGCUUGGAUCGAUCUCGAAGCAAAGCGAGUAGAGCCAUGGUAUCGCCUGAGUACAGAAGGCGGAAGUACUGGAAAAGACAGCAUGUUGCUGACAUAUCCGUUCGAUUUCGCACCAUUCGUUCCCUUUAGAGCAAUGAAGAGAAGGCAUUGGCCUGUAUUCUGGGCGUCAUUCGCUCUUCUCCUGGUCACAUGGGGGCUCGUGCCUGUACAAGCUGGUAUCUUUUCCACUCGACCUGUAGUCCGGGAGAGACCAAUGUUGUUCAAUGUAUCAACAGACUUUGUGCCAGCUGCUCAACAGCCGCAGGAGUUGAGUCUUGCACACUAUCAAUCUACGUACGCAAUCGCAACGCUUGACGAAAGACUUCCCCCAUACAUGGCAUCGAAUUAUACACUAGCUCCAUUCGAGCCGUCAUCAACACACUCCUUGGAAGUGGUCAACGAAUUAGAUGAAUGGACGGCAACUACCACCCUGUAUAGUCUGGACCUUGCCUGUGAGCCUACUUUCCUGGAGCCCGGGACUUUGGCUACGUACAAGAGUAGUUGGGGAUGCAACUUCACGGUUGGUCUUGACGGUAAUGUGACGGAGGGAACAGGGGGAAGCGACUUUACUAAGAGGAAGAGAUACUCUGCAUUGUGGGCUGCGUUUGCUCCCGGUAGUGAUGCGAGUUAUCGUAUCAAUUAUUGUCCUCCUGGUCGAGCCCACACAUUCUAUGCAGGCAUUUCAGAAAACAAAGUAAAAGAGGAGGAUCCGCCUAACAACGUUUCCGCAAUUUUCUGUGAAGUGGAAUACUAUAUGCAGGAUGUGAAUGCGACAAUCGAGAAAGAUACGAAGCAACCCCUCCGGAUUUCGACACUAUCACCAAAGCGCCCGCUGCCUGAACAGAUGUUCAACAGAACGAGCUUCCAACAGCAGCUGAGCUCAAAUACGAUCGAGUAUCGUGUUCGAAGGGACUUCUCUAUGCCAGGGAGAGACUUGCCCGAGUAUGGCGAGCAAAUAUUAGAUUCUGAAUUAUCAGCCUUGAUUAACGAUGGGGGAGUCAGCGGUUUGGCACUGGCUCUCGACAAGCGCCCUCUGCGAGACUCUCUGGAUUGGAGAAUGCUGAAAAAUUCUUAUGAGACUGCAUAUCAACUCAUGUUUUCCCGCGCUAUGGUAGAAAUUUUGGGGCCUGACACUACCAAAUCCAGACAGACGGAAGGCAACGAAAGGAUCAUGACUGAAGCUCUCAUCCUUGAACCGAUAUUCACUUAUAUUGUUGAAGGCUUUCUGGGCGCAGUGUCUGUUUUCGCUUCAGUCCUCUUAUACCUGUCGAUUAACAGAUUUACGGCUUUACGAUCAGAUCCUAGUACGAUCGCCAGUCUUAUGUCACUCGUGUCUGACAAUCCGAAUUUGCUUGCGAGUUUCAAAGACUUGGAUUGUAGUACUAUCACGGAUCUAGAGACCAUAUUACGGGACAAAUCAUAUAGGCUCAUUGAGGAUCCGGAGAAUGUGGCUAUUACAGAGAUUGUCGCAAAUCGUAAGAAGAGCAACAGCAUGGGCUUGGGACAACGGAGAGGGUUCACGAAGGAUAUCAAUCACCCUGUUCGACCCAAAGGAUUCAGCCUUUGGGCUGCAAUAUCAUUCGUUGGCUUAUUCGUGAUACUAGCGGCUGCGCUGAUAGCGGUAUUUCUUCAAGCGCGCGUGAACGGGCUUUCUCUUCCAUCUAACAGUAGAGUCGGGCAGAAAAUCCUUGAGAACUACAUACCUACUUUGAUUGUCAUGAUGAUUGAACCAAUGUGGAUUUUAUUGAAUCGCCACAUAUGUCUACUCCAGCCAAUCGAGCAGCUAUGGAGGGGCAAUGCUAAGGCGGAAGCAAGUAUUGAUGUGAACUACAGUUCCCUGCCGCCUCAACUUGUUAUCUGGAAAUCUCUCAAAGUUCGCCACCUGAUUUUGGCGGCCAUCUGCUCAAUGGCGCUCCUAUCAAACGUACUCGCGGUGGCUUUUGCCGGCCUGUUUCAUCAUGAGAUGACAGAAGUACGCAUCCAUCAGUCUUUUCAACCACCCUUUGAUGCGACUUUUGUGUCUAUCAAUGGGAGUGUAAGCCCGUCCAAUAGGAGAAAUGCUAUGCUCGAAAAACCUUCAGGGGCGUAUCGAGCGGGCAAAGGGCAGGACCAAUUCCUUAUUGCCGAGUCCAACUACACUCGCAAUACUCUGCUUCCGGCAUGGACGGAUGAUGCACUUUUCUAUCUCCCUUUCAGAUCAAACACACUACCCAACAUAUCGAACAUUUCGACAGGAGUUCAGUACGAAGCUCAAACUAGGGCUUUCGGCGCAGAGUUGAAAUGCAGCGCUCUUGAGCAAGGCUCCUAUCGUGUCAUCAAAAGGAAAACCGAGUUUGGUAUGAGUCGCUUGAUGGUGGCAUUGUCGAAUGGUAAAAUCAAAGCAGACUGUGUCAGCUCUGAAUAUUUCCGCAUCAACCCCAACCCAACGAUGGUUGAUGAGUCUACGGGAGGAACAAUGGAAGACACUGAAUGCAUCAACGGACCGUCUGCGGCAGAGUUGGUAUACAAUAUGGAGCCCGCUGGCGGUGCCAAUGCCUCACAGGCACAAAGAGAUAUUUGCUGGGCCACGGCCAUUCUUGGCUGGGUCCGCAGUUUGAACGGAUCUUGUGGUACAACGCCAGAGCAUAUCCUUGCCAGCAACCAGUCAUUCCUUGUACAGUGCACUCCUCAGAUGGUCAGAGGGCACGGAACAGUCCGAGUAGAUGAGGGAGGUCGACUGCUGCGCCCAGUCCAUGAUCGGUUCAUCGAACGUAAUCUCGAUCUCGAGGAGGUGAAGGCAAACUUCAGCAACGAUCCUAUAAAUCUCAUCAAUCAGUCAAACCGAUACAUGUUCUAUUCUUGGACGAACCCCUGGCACAACGACAGUAUUGCGUCAGACUUCAUGUCUUACUUCGUAAGAGUCGUGUCUAACAGCAGUCGACUGCUAGAUCCAACCAAGAGUCUUCCCAAGUUGGAAGAAGUUCAGAUACCUUUGAACCGGACAUACUCAAGGCUGUUUGCAAUAUGGCUAGGAGCAAAUCACCACAAAUUGUUUGUAAACGCCAGCGGCUCUUCGACCGUAGCAUGGCGGAUUGAGAAAGAGGAGCGACUGUUCAUAUCAUCUCCUCUGUUCAUAGUUUCCCUCAGCAUAUUGUUGGCUUACAUGGUUGUUGCAAUCAUCGUAUACCUCCGACGACCCGGACGAUUUCUCCCACGGCUUCCUACGAGCAUAGCCUCCAUCAUCGGGCUUUUCGCUGCAAGCACGGCUGUGCAUGAUAUGCGCGGAACAUCGAGGUACAGCACAAAAGAGCGUGCGAGAUACCUCAAAGACCUUGAAACACGUUACGGUUAUGGCAACUUUGUGGGAACGGAUGGAAACAUUCAUGUCGGCAUCGAGAAAACACCAUUCGUAACGUUAAGACACGGAGUUCACAGCAGGAAGCCUCGUUGA